AUGGACGUCGACACGGAGUUGUCGUCGUCCGACGCAAAUGCUGGGCGUAAACGCCCACUUGUGGGCCUUGCGCUCUUUGAUUCCGGUUCGGAUACGGAGACCGAAAUCAGAUCGGCGGCGAAACGUAACAGUGCUAGCCGGGGGAAGCUCACUUCCAAGGGACGCGGAACUGGCCUCGCUCGCGCCAAAGCCGAGCUUAAAGCAAAGGCCGCCGAGGCUAGGGAGGAGGCGUUUGAGCGCUCCUUGAGAAGUCGGGCUUUUCGUAAGGAGACGGCUGUGAUCGCGCUUGACUCUGAGGAAUCCUCUUCCUCGGAGGUCCGUAGGGAGGAUCCCCUAAAAUUGGGUGCAGAGGAGCUGCGUGCGGAGGCUGGUCGCAAUGCAGCACUUAUUCUGGAGAUUGCCCAGAAAUCCAGCAACCUGAAGGGUGGCUUCAUCAAGAAGCUCAAAGAAUCUGCAUCUUCGCUCCAGUCCAUCGUAGAUGCUCUGGCAUCAAGGACCGAGGCGGAAGAGACGCGCAGGCUUCGCGCUGAUAAUGGCCGCCUGCGCAAGGAGGUGGACAGCCUCAAGACUGAGUUAAAAGCCCAUCGCCGUGAGUUUGCGGAAAUGCGGACCACGGUGGCAGUGGCAAAUGAGGCGUCCACCAGCACUGUGCGGGACACACAGACUUUGGAGGAAUUUAAGGCCUCUAUAAUGUCGUCGGUGGGCUUUAUGAUUAAAGCUCAAAUGGAAGGAAUUCAGGACCGUCUCCUUCCAGCUAAAGUGCUCCGUCCCCCUCUGGCCGCGCACAAGAAACAGGCUGUAGUGCAGAAAACUGCACCUACAUACGCGCAAGUGGUCCAUCCGACCCCACCACCGAAACCCGCACAGGCGCCGAAACGGGUGCCUGCAGUCGAGUCAGUCCCGCUGGCACCGACUACGUGCCUAUCAGCCACCCCGACCACGUCGGAGUCCCAACCACGGGAGGCCCAGGAGACAUCAUGGUCCACCGUGGUUAAAAAGGGAAAGAAGAAAAAGGCUUCCCCCUCGGCCGCAGCGUCCGCCACAGUACCAUCAACAGUGGCGAAGGCUCCGCCGGUGGCCAAACCGAGGCUGGUUGCUCCUCGCAGGGCUGCAGUAAUGGUCACUCUGCAGCCGGAUGCGCAGGAGAAGGGCGUUACAUACGCUCACAUCCUGGAGCGCGCGGAGCAGGGCGUUAAGCUUCAGGAUAUUGGAAUCUGUGGCGGCCUUAGGGUCCGACGAUCGGCGACGGGAGCCAGACUCCUCGAGCUGCCGAAAGCACAGGCGGAGCAGGCGGAUAAACUUGCUGAGAAGCUCCGCACUGUGCUGGAUGGUGUCGCAAGCGUCGUUCGACCUGUAAAGCGAGUGGACCUUAAGGUGACGGGAUUGGAUGAUUCCGUCACCAAAGAUAAAUUGGUCGCUGCAGUUGCUCGUGCAGGGAACUGCUCCCCUGACUCAGUCAGAUGCGGAGUGUUGCAGCGUGGUCCCGGAUAUAUGGGAAUGGUCCGCGUCACCUGUCCUCUCACAGCGGCGAAGAAGAUAUCAGAUGCCGGUCGCCUCCUCGUAGGAUGGAGCUCGGCCAAGGUAUGCGUAUUGGAGCAGCGCCCUUUGCGCUGCUUCAAGUGUAUGGGCCUUGGCCACACGAAGGUGCUUUGCCCAUCCAAAGCGGAACGGGGGGGUCUAUGCUUCCGGUGUGGCGUAGAUGGCCACAAGUCGGCGGGCUGUACCGAGAAACUGCGCUGUGCUGUGUGCGCAGACGCUGGCAAGCCCUCUGGGCACGUGAUGGGAUCAGGGGAGUGCAACCCCCCCAUCACAAAGGCCGAAAAUAUUAGGAGAUCGCAUCGCUAUGAAUACUGUUGCGGGUUUAAAAAUGGAGUAUUCGAGAGGAACCUCGCCAAACGUGGUUUGGCUCUCUCAAAUACGCGCUUCGAAGCUAAUAGCACAUUAGACAAGCUAUCUCAGAAGCUCAACUCUAAAUAUUUAAACCUCAGACCGCAGCGCGCCUCUGAAAAGGCUUUUUAUUUACAGAUAACGAGACCUAGCACGGCUCCUCCCAUUAACAACGACGUUGAUGACUGGGGCAGGGGAGCUACAGCAUCGUAG